CUCUGCAUUUGUUUCGAAACUUUUUUAGGGUUAGGGUUAGGACUUAGGAGCAUUAGAGAGAGAGAGGAGAAGAAGAAGCACAACUAUGUCGUCGCCAAUAGAAUCCGUUCAAUGUUUCGGCCGGAAGAAAACGGCUGUCGCCGUCACCUACUGUAAGCGAGGCAGGGGUCUGAUCAAGAUCAACGGAUGUCCAAUCGAGUUAGUGGAGCCGGAGAUUCUUCGAUUUAAAGCCUACGAGCCCAUCCUUCUGCUGGGGAGGCACCGAUUCUCCGGCGUCGAUAUGCGAAUCCGAGUGCGAGGUGGUGGGCACACCUCGCAGAUAUAUGCAAUUCGGCAAAGCAUAGCCAAGGCAUUGGUUGCUUACUACCAGAAGUACGUGGAUGAACAAGCGAAAAAGGAGAUCAAAGACAUCCUGGUGAGAUACGACCGGACGCUACUUGUUGCCGACCCUCGUCGUUGCGAGCCCAAGAAGUUCGGUGGACGGGGUGCGCGUGCCAGGUUUCAGAAAUCUUACCGUUGAAAAACUAGGUUUGUUUUUGAAGAAAUUAGUCUAUCUGGAGUCCAAUGGUUGGCUCAGUCUUUUUGGUUCAGGUUGUUUAGGGUUUUCAUAAGGAGCAAUCCAGUGAUGUUAGCCAUUUUUGAAGUUUGCUUUUGAAAAUUUUGAGCAUCGACUAUAUAGUGUUUUAAGUUAUCAAGUCCUAGAAUUUUGAAUUCUAUAAUGACUGAUGUGAUUGUUUUGCUUGUUUAACACAAGUUCCGAUUGCAGUAGAUUAUGUUUCAAGGCAGUUUCUUUUUAA